AUGAGCAGCUUUGAAGUCGUCACAUUCCCUAUCGUUGUGGCCGAUUCUCGGCACAAACUCGCCUCUGGGAAGAAGCAGUUUCGCACUGGUGAAUUUUCUCGCCGUGGCAAAACAGAGCAGGCAAGGUGUCGCGUGGAUAAUAAAUCUCCACCUGCCCAGAUCCACCAAUACUUCAAGGUCACCAAGAUACAGGAAGCCCAGAAGAAAAUCGGGCUGAUUGAAAGAGAGAAUAAGAGCCUCUGCACACGUCUAGCUGCUAUAUAUCGCGGAUCAGGCAUGGUCGAUUGCUGGAAUGAGUACCAAAAGAAGAGUUCGUUCCGGCAGAAGCAGAAUAUAGAGCUUGUGAGGAUUACCUUGGAGAACCAAGGCAUCCUCAAGAGGCUCAAAGAAAGAAAGCCAACUUAUGACCGGAAGCAAUCAGAGUUGGAUUGGCAGAAUUCGAGGAAAUAUUUGAGAAGCAACAUUUGUUUCCAAGCUGCAAACCGUGAGUGA